UGUAACUCUAAACAGGCUCCGCAAUUAACGCCAGUCCUAUCUGUUCAUGUAUGCCAAAGAUCCUCCCUAUCAUCCGCUAACCAGUGCUUCCCCCUACGAGGAAGACUACUUCAAACUCUUCCUCUUGCAGAACUUAAACUCCGAUACAAUAUUCCAAACCGACUAUAGUUGUUUGUUGGAUUAUUUCAAUAAUUUAUAGACCUCUAUGUACUUGUUUUGAUCUGCACCUGCUUUAACCAGCGGGGAUGGAGCAUAAUGAGGCGGUGUUGUUGAACGCAGCCCCGGCAGAUGGUGCACACGGAGGAGCGCCGCUGUUACACCGCACAGGUGCUUGUUGUCAUGGAGGAGCAAAGAUGGCGGUCCUGGCCUAUAGCCUGGGCAAACGCGAAAUAAAUCAACAUUUCACCAUAAAAAAUGCCAAAUUGAUAUCGCUGGUUCUCGUCAGUUUACUCAUCGUGUUCCACACAGCUUCGCGGUACUAUGGAGGCGGAGACUCAUGUGAAUGGCUGCUCUCCAAAGGACGAUACUUGGGGGAGAGCGUAUGGCAGCCGUAUGGCUGCAUGAUGCACAAAUACAAAAGCAAUGAAGCCAACAACUGCCUUGCUCCAAAGCGAGUGGUCUUUGUGGGCGAUUCACGGAUCAGGCAGCUUUUUUACUCCUUCAUCAAAAUUAUUGACCCUGAGCAAAGAGAAGUUGGAAACAAGCAUGAGGACAUUUCCUUUCUACACAAAAGUUCCUCUGUCAAUGUGGAAUUCCUUUGGUAUCCAGAGGCAAAUAAUUCCAUGAAGGAGCGCUUGAUAUCAUGGACACACGAAGGUUCAUUAAAGCCAGAUGUAGUCAUCCUUGGAGCUGCAACAUGGUCCAUCAAGUUGCGCAGUGGCAGCAGCGAGACACUGCAGCAGUACAAAGUCAACCUGACAGCCAUCGCUGUGCACCUGGAGAAGCUGGCUGACCACGGAGAGGUCUACUGGGUUCUACAAGACCCAGUAAAUGAGGAGGUGUUGAGUGAAAACAGGAAGAUGAUCACUAACCAACAGUUGGAGCAGUACAAUGAGGCGGCGGCAGACGUGCUAAACAGCAGCAACCGUAAGGGCAGGUCCCGGAUCAGGCUGUUGGCUGCGGCCCGUCAGGCUGCACUGGAGACUAUCGCCCAGUCAGAUGACGGCUUGCACCUGCCUGAAAGCACCAGGAAUGUGGGAGCCAUGGUCCUCAUGAACUCUAUGUGCAACAACAAGCUGCGCCCCAUUGACGGUUCCUGCUGCCAGACAGUGCCCCCCAUAAGCCUCGUGCAGAAACUGUCAGCCUUCUUCUUCCUCGGCUCGGCCGUGGUCUUCGUCGUCCUCCACGUCCUCGGCAACAACCAUCAACGCCGCCAUGUGCCCCCGGACGUAGAGAGCCUGGAGGAGAAGAAGCCGGCGACUGCAGCUGCCGCCCCCGGCCCCAAGGAGCUGUUCAAGGCCCUCGGCAGGAUGGGCAUCAUCAUGGGAUAUUUCUAUCUGUGUGACAGGGCAGAUGUGUUCAUGAAGGAGCAGAAGUUCUACACUCACUCCACGUUCUUCAUUCCUCUCGUCUACAUCAUUGUCCUGGGAGUGUUCUACUACGAGAACAGUAAGGAGACCAAAUUUCUAAACCGAGAGCAAACAGAUGAGUGGAAAGGCUGGAUGCAGCUGGUCAUCCUCAUCUAUCAUGUCUCUGGAGCCAGUGCUUUCCUCCCAGUGUACAUGCAUGUGCGGGUGCUGGUGGCAGCGUACCUCUUUCAGACCGGCUAUGGACACUUUUCCUUUUUCUGGCUGAAAGGAGAUUUUGGAUUGUAUAGAGUGUGCCAGGUCCUUUUCCGUCUCAACUUCCUGGUCUUGGUGCUGUGCGUGGUGAUGAACAGACCCUACCAGUUUUAUUAUUUUGUCCCAUUGGUCACCUUCUGGUUUGCCGUUAUCUACUCCACGAUGGCCCUGUGGCCUCAGAUUCUCCAGAAGAAGGCUAACGGCAGUGGUUUUUGGCACCUUGGGAUCUUGGCAAAGUUACUGGGACUCCUGAUAGUUAUCUGCGUCUUUGCCUUUUCCCAGGUAAGUGAAUUCAAAACAUAUUUUAAUCCCACCU